AAAUGUAUAGUUGAUCCAAACAGUGAUCAACACAGUUAGCAACAAUAAAGUACCAACGGCUAGUCGCCCGUUAGCUUUCAAUUAUCACUUUAGACUCACUAGACAGUAUUAGUGAGGAAAUAUUAGAGCUGUCUCUCUACAUGAACCUCUUUGUUUAUUGGUAAAAUAUCCGAGCGCAGCCGUCGCGCCCGGGAGUCUUUGAAGAAUUGACCGGCGGAUGUGGAAAUAGCUUCUUCAAUAGCCGCAACUUCCACCGGAACAAACGCAACUUCAUUAGCAGGCAAUCCGUGUAACGCUAGCAGUCAUCCCCGCCAUUCUUACCGAAUGUCUCUGGUGUAUCUCGGGCACCAGCUGCUGGAGGCGGCGCGGGGCGGACAGGACGACGAUGUCAAAGCCCUGAUGGCCAACGGGGCUCCGUUCACUACGGACUGGCUAGGCUCCUCGCCGCUGCAUCUGGCGGCCCAGCACGGCCACCACUCCAUCACCGAGGUGCUGCUGCGUGCCGGGUUCAGCCGGGACGCCCGCACCAAAGUGGACAAGACCCCUCUCCACAUGGCCGCCUCGGAGGGUCACUCCACCAUCGUGGACCUGUUAGUGCAGAACGGCGCCAACAUAAACGCCAAAGACAUGCUGAAGAUGACGCCGCUGCACUGGGCGGCCCAGCGCGGCCACAGGGAGGUCGCCGAGCUCCUGCUGAAGCGCGGCGCCGACGGCCACUGCCACAGCAAGUUCGACAAGACGCCCUUCGACAUCGCCAUGGAUACCAGCAACACCGAGCUGAUGAUACUGCUACAGGACGGCAUGCAGAACCAGGCGAACACCUUGCCAGAGUCCCACUACAUCAUCAACCGUGGUGGUGGGCUGGUCAGCCUCUCGGAGCUGGUCACCGGCGCAGGCAAGCCGGAGGACGCCACGGCUGCCGAGUCGGGGGAAACAACCAUCCAGCGCGUGGUGGGCGACGGCGGGCAGAGGGUCAUCACCAUAGUGACGGACCAACACGGCCACCUGCAGCCGGGGGCCCUCGGCCAGCAGCUCUUCUUCGCCCUGCAGGGGCAACAGAUGGUUGCUUUGCAGGCGAGCGCAAUCACGGAGGAGGAGGAGGAGGUCAUUGAAGAGCCUGAGCAGGCCACGCCCACGCGCAAGAGGAAAUCAGACCCCGCAGCCAAUCACAUUGGCCUGAAAGACAAGAAGGUGAAAGAAAGUCGCGAGCAGCUGGAGCGCCAGCUGCAGGAGGCCAAUCUUAAAGCCCAGGAGUACCAGCAGCAGCUCGUGGAGAAGGAGCAGGAGGCCGAGCGGUAUCGCCUUAGACUGGAGCAGGCCAUGGCCACCAACAACAACAACAACGGGGUCGCCGUGACGACGGACACCGCAAACGUCGGCGCAGAGGUGAAGUAGGAGGAGGAGGAGGAGGAGGGGAUGAUGCUCCAGGAGCAGAUGAAGAGGAGGGAAGAAGGGGAGCGUGAAGGCACCAAGGUGGAGGAGGAGGUCGAAGGUGAACUCCCUGGAUGUGGAGGUCGAUGCGGCGGAGGAAGAGGAGGACUCAGACACUCGCUGUCAUGUUUUGUUAUCAUCUCUUUGAUGGAUUUUUUACAAGAGUUAUAUAACAUAUAUCAAUGUUUUCAUGUGCCACAAACGCAGAGAGGACUUUUCGGUCCGGCGCCGAGGCCCACGAGGUCACACACACACACACACCGCACUGGCUGAGUACGAGACGCUACGCGAGCCGUGCCCUGGAGGAGAAAAAGCGAUUCCUCUUGCUUCUGCAUCUCUGUUACACGCAUGUUAUAUUAUUAUUGACCACCCUUUCCACGCCCAAUUUCCGUAGGUAUCUCUGCAGUAGACGACUUGGACACGAUGUUUACGCUUCAGCCUCUUCAGGCUGAUAAUGUUACAUUUUUAUUCUCAUCCCCCCCCCC